GGCCACAAACGGAUUUCUUGUUUGUUCACCCGCGAAAUAAAUUUAACCCUCACAUCGCAAAACUUGUGUUUUUCUUUAUUUGUUUUGUCGUGUGAAACCUCUACCUCAACAUCACCGCACCCACGCGGCCUUCACUAGGCCCGCAUCAACUGGCUCCCCGUACAGGAAUCACCGUCGGAAUAGCACCAAUGGAGCGCCAACCACCAGCCACAUCCAGCACCCUCCAACAAGCGGCGGAACUGCUGGAACGCAGCCAGCAGCUGCUGAGGUCAGUCAGCAUGGAGGAGGGCACCAACACCACCACGGCGGCACGGGUCCGCCAGAUGACCACGGCGCAGUUGCAGCGGGACCCGGUACUGUGGGCCGCCUACACGCGUGGGUGGGAGGACCGGACCGUCGUCUUCCAAAGGGCGACGAGCGGCGAACCCGCAACCGCUAUGCGGCUCAAUAGGUCGCGCAGCCCCAGGCGGGUGACUCGACCGACGGCCACGGCACGACCGGUAGCCGCAGCACGACCGGCGACCCGAACUCGACCGGCGCCACCAACAACAACAAAUCGGGCACCGGCGAGACGGCCUCCCCACCCACUGAUGGAGAGACCAGUACCGGCACCGAGGACAUCAACCAUCCCGCCUCCAGGACCGCCCGUCAACCCGCUGCCAAUAAGGGACAACACCACCGACGCAACACCACCGGUUUCACUCAACGCCCGCCAGCGCCGGAACAAACAGCGGAUGCGGGACUACAAGUCAAAGCAGACGUCCCAGCAGCACCGCCUGGAAAAACCGGCGCCAACACCAGCCCCCGUCCCGCCACAGCCAGAACCUGCGACACCGGACCUCACCGUGGUCACGGUACCGGAAGUGACAAACACUUCCGGAACAACCGGAACCGCGGAAGAACCAACAGCCGCGACCCCUCAAACCGCGGAUAUGGAAAUAUCCCCGGAAGAGGAGGCGGACCUGUUAGGUGAGACCGACGCAGGCAUGGCUGGCACUGAAGACAUGGAGGUCAGCCUCAUGUACUUCAGUCCCCCCACGUCCCCCCAACAUGACUAGACACCACCAGGGCCACGUCCGCUGAACACAGCUGGAAAAACGUGCCCACGGACAGGUGUCUACCACACCCACCCUCCACACACACCCUUUGACAACACCGGCAACGGCCGGAACACCACCGCCGUUGGCAGUUUGGGGGGGGAGUAUGACGCGGUCCCGCGUAAUAGCUGUUUGAAUUCAAAUAGCCUUUUACGCGGAAAGCCGCGCAACGCUUCUCAAACAAACCGCCAAUCGACGAUGGUCGACGCCGGCGCGCGACACCCGCGCUGUGAACCGUCGGCCGGCCGUUGAGGGAACCGGAUUGUAAUGUCACUAGUUUUUUACCGACGACCCGCACGAGACUGACACACACGUCCCCGGCCGAUCGUCUCUGUUUCUUUUUUUUUUCCGUUUGAUUUGUUUUUUUUGUUCAGUGCCCGACAGGGCCACAAACGGAUUUCUUGUUUGUUCACCCGCGAAA